AUGCACCGACAUGCGCGCUCAUGCUCUGCAGGCGAACCGGGUGCUUUCGCUCUGCCGCCUGGUGCACACGCGACGCGUCGCGUAGGAGGCAGCGCCCGGCCGACUCCCGAAGCUUCGCAAUCCUACCUGCUUCGACUCGAGCACGUCCAUCUGUCGAUACCCGGAAGCGAACGGCUUCUCCUCAGAGACCUGACUCUACAUGUACAUCGUGGUGAGCACACGCUCAUCGAGGCACCGAGCGGUGCUGGCAAGAGCGCCUUGGUGCGAGCGCUCCGCGGUAACUGGUAG